AUGCACCCUAUUCAGCAUCAUUUAGCCGACCCAACUCAGGCAUACUACAUUCAACAUCAUGCAGUUAUGGCGAAAUUCCGAGUCGUUUUCAAUGCUUCUGCAAAAACUCCAAAUGGCAUCUCAUUAAAGGAUACACAAUUGGCUGACCCUACAAUACAGGAUUUAUUACUUAACCUUUUACUUAGCUUCAGACAGCAUCGCAUUGCAUUCACAGCUGAUGUGGAGAAAAUGUUCAGGCAAGUCAAAAUUGACGUCAGGCACAGGCAAUGGCAACAGAUACUCUGGCGGGAAUCAUCCGAUCAACCCAUUCGCACAUAUCAAUUGGCUGCCGUUACAUAUGGCACAACCAGUGGCAAAUAUUUGGGUGUUCUCGCUAUGCAGCAAUGUAGUAGAGACAAUUCUCAUAAACUCCCAGAUGAACUACGAGCUAAAACUGCUUUGUGCAGCAUCCUGAAUGAUUUCUACGUGAAUGACUACCUUAAGAGUAUACUUUCCUUUGGCAUGGUAAUUCAACUGGCGACCGAUGUCUCAUAUGUGUUGGCAGAAGGACAGUUUCAUCUCAGUAAAUGGAAAUCAAAUAGCACUGAAGUCUUAGCACACCUUCUUGGCGAUGCUGAUCCACGUCAGCUUAAUCCACAUUUGGCAGAAACCACUGUUCUUGGCUUACAUUGGGAUCCACUUCCCGAUAAACUCUUCUAUCAGGUCAGCUCUUAUGAUAGACAGCAUUUCACUAAAAGGCAAGUGCUUAGCGAUGCUGCAAAAUUAUAUGAUCCAAUUGGCAUGUUAGCACCAGUCAUAAUCACGGCUAAGCUUUUCAUACAAAAACUCUGGCAGGCAAAAUUGGCAUGGGACGACCCAUUACCGCUUGAACUGUUGCAAGAAUGGCUCAUAUACUGA